UUAUUGCACCUACGGUUAACAUACACAGAUGUCAUGUGAAAACCCACAUGCUCUGCCCUUCACACAGCCUCCCUUUCUUCCCUUCAUUUUCUUUAUUUUUUUUUUCCCCCUCUGGUUAGCUUGUUGUGGCAGCUCGCUUGCUUCCCAUUGCAUAAUCCAGCCCCCUCCUCAUCUGUGCAAGUGAUCAGAAAGAAAUCUGAAGCAGUGUCACAGAAGAGCAAGAAGAAGAAAGCUGUGUAGAGCAAAUAAGCUCAGGCAUACAGUGAAACGAGAGAGAGAGGCUGCAAACAAGGGAAGGGAUGGUUUUCUCACUUGAUGUGCUGCUCUCCAUCUCUAUGAGGGGAUUUGUCUGCUAACUCAUCAGGCUGGGAUCUUCUUUAUUGCGCUUAGAAAGAAGUGUUCUCCUCACUACCAUCAUGCGAGCACAAAUUGAAGUGAUACCAUGCAAAAUUUGUGGAGAUAAAUCAUCAGGAAUUCACUAUGGUGUCAUCACGUGUGAAGGAUGCAAGGGAUUCUUCCGACGAAGUCAACAGAAUAACGCCUCUUACUCCUGCCCGCGGCAGAGAAACUGUCUAAUUGACAGAACUAACAGAAACCGCUGCCAACACUGUAGACUGCAAAAGUGUCUUGCCCUAGGAAUGUCUAGAGAUGCUGUAAAAUUUGGAAGAAUGUCAAAAAAACAGAGGGACAGUCUAUAUGCUGAGGUCCAGAAACACCAGCAACGAUUGCAAGAACAGAGACAGCAGCAAAGUGGAGAGGCAGAGGCCUUAGCCAGGGUUUAUAGUAGUAACAUUAGCAAUGGUUUGAGUAAUCUCAACAAUGACACAGGAGGCACUUAUGCCAAUGGACAUGUGAUUGACCUUCCCAAAUCGGAGUACUACAGUGUGGAUUCUGCUCAGCCCUCCCCGGAUCAGUCUGGUAUAGACAUGACUGGAAUGAAACAGAUCAAACAAGAACCCAUUUAUGACCUUACCUCCGUUCCGAACUUAUUUAUGUAUAGUUCUUUCAACAAUGGACAGAUGUCACCAGGAAUAAGCAUGAGUGAAAUAGAUCGAGUUGCACAGAACAUCAUAAAGUCACAUUUGGAGACAUGUCAGUACACGGUGGACGAACUACAUCAGCUAGCAUGGCAAACGCAUACCUAUGAAGAAAUUAAAAUAUACCAGAAUAAGUCAAGGGAAGCUUUGUGGCAGCAGUGUGCCAUUCAGAUAACCCAUGCAAUCCAAUACGUGGUAGAGUUUGCUAAACGAAUAACAGGUUUCAUGGAACUUUGCCAGAAUGAUCAAAUAUUGCUACUUAAGUCCGGCUGCUUGGAAGUUGUUAUAGUACGAAUGUGCCGUGCCUUCAAUCCACUAAACAACACUGUUCUAUUUGAAGGAAAAUAUGGAGGGAUGCAGAUGUUCAAAUCAUUAGGUUCGGAUGAUUUUGUAAAUGAGGCAUUCGACUUUGCAAAGAGUUUAUGUUCCCUCCAGUUAACUGAGGAGGAGAUUGCCUUGUUUUCUGCAGCAGUACUGAUAUCACCAGAGAGACCUUGGCUGAUAGAACCAAGAAAAGUCCAGAAGCUCCAAGAGAGAAUUUAUUUUGCACUUCAGCAUGUGAUUCAGAAGAACCACUUAGAUGAUGAGACACUGGCAAAGCUAAUAGCCAAGAUACCAAACAUAACUGCACUUUGCAACUUGCACGGAGAGAAGCUGCAGGUUUUUAAGCAAACUCAUCCCGAGAUAGUGAAUACACUGUUCCCUCCAUUGUAUAAAGAGCUUUUCAAUCCAGACUCAAGCACUAGCUGCAAGUGAAGAUGGUGGGAUUUUUCACAUAGCUAUGGAAUGCAUCACUACUAAGACAAAAGAAAUGUGCUCCAGAAGACUUACUUAAAAACAUCACUACAGCAGCACUAGGAAUGUCCUGCACUUACAACCAUUAUUUUUCACCGCUACAGUUUGAAGAAUGUAAAUAUGCACCUCUGAUUGGGGCUCUCUUUCUCUCUCCCUCUCCUUUAUUGAUCUUGCUUUUUUUUUUUUUUUUUUGGAACUAUCGAACUGUAUCCGGCGCCAGAGAGGUCUUCAAUGCAUUGUACAUUAAUACGUUUUAGACCUCUGUAGCUCAUAGGGUUUUUGCAGAUUUGUUGUCAGAGGAGGCUACACAGAAGCAAAGGCAUUGAGCAAAACUUCUCUGACAGCCUAAGGAUUAACACUAAAAAUCUAGAACACUGGGUGUAUUUACUUUUUUAUAUAUAUAAUUUGAGAGACAUUGGUUUAUAGAAUUUUAUUGUAGAUAUCAAUAAGAGUAUAUACUGCUAUGGUAUGGCUCUUCUGGAUUACUGUUUAAACCUAAUUUAUGUGAAUUUCUAUGUUCUAGUUGCAUGUGUAUAAGGAAGCUGUAUAUAUACAUAUAUCUAUAUAUUCUGAUAUGUAGAUAUAUUUAUAUAAACUCUAUGCACCUUUGCUGUGGUGUAAUCCUUUAUUUACACGAAAAAAAAAAUUCCCCUACAUUUUUUUUUCUUUCAUUGAUGUGUUUUCUCCCUUUAAAUUUGUGUUUUAUUUAUGUUUUGGGCAAUCAAAUUUCAAUGCGCGAAGCCAUUGUUUGAACAAUAAUAAUUUGCCAAUGUAACGUAUACCAAGCAAAUGGUAAAAUGUCUUGCUCACGUCACAUUCUUUAUAGUAAGAAAUGUACAAGGUAUGUAAUGUAAAGGUUUCAAACGACACAAGCAUCUAUUGGGAUCGACCAUGUAGGAAUAAACUAUUCUAGUGCGAAGAACAUUGCUGUAAAAUCAAAAAAAUGCUACACAUUAUCUUGUAAAUGAACUUUGAAAAUAUCAAAUAUAGUUUUGAGGUAAUAAGGAGAAAUAUAUUUUUAUUGCAAGAAUAAAUAGUAUGUCCCUUUGUACUUCAGAUAUACAUCUGUUUCAUUACAAAUCUUAAAAUACAAUAAAAAAAAAGAAGCAAAGGUUAUUUGCACAUAUAGUAGAAACCUUGAAAUCAGGAAAAUAUUUAUAUCAAUAGGUUUGGUGGUUCAGAUCUUACCUGUAAUAUUUAGAUGUUUUCAGAUUGAAUAAUAAAUCGUGAAUUCAUAGUAAGCCAAAAAAAAAGAACUUGAAGUUAUAAUUUUUUUUGCGCAACCUGGAAGACCAUGUUUCUAUCUCUUACAAUAUUGGUACUAUGAUAGAGAAUCCUAGAUAUGCAACUUCACGUUCACUUCUCAUUGUAGCAAUUGUAAAUAAUCAAAGGGAAAAAUGACACGCAAUCAUGCUAGUAUUUUUUAUAGCCUUAUCAAUAAAAGUUUUCACUUC